CGCGCGCACAACCGCCCGGUCGUCGAUCGAAUCGAGCUCGCGCAACAUUCUGUAAAGCAAAGCUUGAUCGCAGCAGUCGAGUGAAAGAUUUCGUUGCGUGCGGAAGCAAGUAACCUGUUCUCUAGAGCUUGCUGGUUGCUCUCUGCGAGGAGCGUUUUGUUGUGUGCUGUUUUUUUUUUGUGUGUGGAUUCUGAAGCCAUUCGGUUCUGAGGGGUUUUUCGGUUUCCCUGGAAUAAUUAACUGCGUGAGUAGUGUGGGAAAAGAUCUACCCAGCCUGGAUAGCCAACGACGUCACCAAUUCCGGAAAUCAAUGUGGCUUAUUCAAAUUUGAAUGUCCAACCACAUUCUAGUGAGUGAGUGAGUGAGUGACUGAACAAAAACCUGAAACAAAGUGAGGCAACAAAAUUCUUCUAGUUUUGCUGCCGGAGAUCAACUUGAUCAAUCCGAACAACCACGCGUUCUCGUCGUUGUCGUCUGGAGUCGGCCCCAACAAUAAAAACGACUUGCCAGUUGGUAAACUGAAAGUGAAACGUUUUCGUCUUAACCUUUAGGCUCUUAGCGCCUAGCAGCGAGUAGUGUUGUGCACAGCUUGGGAAGUGGUGUGAGUGAUCCGAACCUUACUUGAACCGCCCGGCUACCAGGUGGUGGCGGAGAUUUUCGUUUCGGUGCGGCGCGUGUUCUAAGUGCACACCCGGCCACAUAGGCUGUUGUGUCUUGACGGGCGAGAGGCGAGGCGCGCUUGGUCAGUGUCAGACGGUUGAGACUCCGCAGUUAGUGCAACGCGUAGUGUUCGCGAUCUUGUUGCUGUUGUUGUGUCCGGAAAAAAGUUUACCGUUUAAAACGCGUCUCUAUUGGCCCCCACACGGACUGGACUGAAAUUGCACUCGCCGCGCCGCUAGCCGCGAGGAGAGGACCGGAGGAGAAAUAAAUUUACGCCCAAGAUUACCUCUUCGAAUUCGAAUGUCUUUCCUACCGCAUCAACGCUAGUGAUUUGGAUUAACUGAUAAGAUUCAAAGUGUUGGUCGCCGAGUAGCGCUUGAAGAUCGAGAUGGACGAGUCUACGUCGUCCAGUAAUGACCAUUCCGCCAGUGGGGAUGGUUACGCGUUCAAAAAUGAGAUAUCGCUUUCGAUUGGAGAAGACGAUCACAACUCGGGCACGAACAGUACGGCGAUCCCGACGCCUUCACCACGACACGUUGAAGUGCCCGUGGACGACAGCGAAUAUACUUCGCUGAAGGAUAGCAAACAAAACGGUAACGGUAUGAGCGGACUAGAUAAUCCGGCUUUCGAGCCAGAAAAGGAGAAACGACCUUUGAGUUCUUUCGGGCACUCGGGGGAGAAGUCACUGGGAGCUACCUCGAUGAACGGCAAGGCUAAUGGAGAGAAGCCUUUGGCCGAAGCGGUCAACUUGGAACUGUUGAACAUGUCCAAGCCAGCGAAUGGGCACCAAAAUGGAUCAAGUGCCCUGCCAGUUAAGAAGGACACCGAAGUCGACAUUGGAGACCCAUACGAUGAGUAUUUCGUACCGGUGAACGAACACCGAAAGUUUAUGAGCGUCUCGUUCCAAAAACCGCGUCGGCACGCGUACAGUCAGCAUGAUCGGGGUGUAGACUACACCGGUCACUCCGUCAAUGAACCGGUACACGGAACCGUGGAUUAUAAGCAUUGGACCAAGAUCACGAGAGGCGAGAAGCUGUACGUCACCAAGGACAAGCGCGAGAAAAAGAAGAAAAACUGGCUCUGCUGGGUGCUAGGUCUGGCCGUACUGCUAGCAGUGAUCAUCAUUGCCAUCCUGGCCGGAUCGGGUAAAAUCUUCAACGAGAGCCCUACCCCGGUGGAAUCCCGACAGUUUGCCAAAGAUAACCAGAUAGCUACGGCGGGAGUGUUUGGUUCGGGAUCACCGGACAACUCCCUGCCCCGACCGCAGAACAAAACCACUUCGACGGAGUAUCCUUCGACGAUGUCCCCGCCGGGGUCUACGGUGCCACCCGUUCCGCCGACUACCGAGGAGAACAUCGUUUACGUGCCGAACACUUUGGAAGGGCAGAUUACGCUUACGAACUUGGAGUUUUUGGAUGACUACCGGGAUCCAAACAGCUCGGCGUACAAAGUGCUGGCCGCUGAACUGGAAGAGGAAAUCAGAGACAGUUUGGAUGUUCCUGGAUCACGUGAUGAAAUCUUUGUGAAGAUCAUGAGUUUGAAACCGGGAUCCGUAGUUGUGGAUUAUCGCGUGAGCUGGGCCAACUCAAAUGCUUUGAACGUUGAGAGUAUGAAGGAACGACUGACUAACUAUUUGGAUGAGAAUCAAAACUAUUUGUCUACCUACAUCGUUCCGGUGAACACCAUUCGGGUGGCGCGACUUCCCGAUCUCUGCUAUACCGGUCCUUCGGAGAUGGGAUGUGAGCAUGCUUGCGAGUUCAACGCCCGUGUCGGUGACUUUGUUUGCGUUUGUCCCAAGGGAAUGCUGUUGAACAACGAUGAUGGUAAAUCGUGUUAUAGGCCGGUACCUGCACCACAACCUGAACCAACUGCUGAACCUGAACCGGACAGUAAACCAGAGCCAGAACCGGCGGGAGAGCCAUCAAGUGAACCAGAACCUUCCAGCUCACCUGAACCUGCUAGUGAACCUGAGCCUUCAAGUUCUGCAGAGCCGGAACCAUCGAGCGAGCCAAGCAGCGAGCCAGAACCAGCCAGUGAGCCGGAACCCGCUAGUGAACCGGAGCCUGCUAGUGAACCUGCUAGUGAGCCUGAGCCUGCUGGAGAACCGGAACCAACUAGCAAACCUGAGCCUACUAGCGAACCAGAACCCGCCAGUGAACCGGAGCCUGCUAGUGAACCUGAACCUGCUAGCGAACCUGAACCUGCUAGCGAACCGGAACCAACUGGUGAACCGCAACCUUCCAGUUCUUCCAAACCGGAGGCUACCACUGUUUCUUCCGGAAAGCUAAUACAUGCGUCAACUCCAGCGAGCGAGCCUGAGCCCUCCAGCGAACCAGAGCCAACAAGUGAACCCGAGCCAGCUAGCGAGCCGGAGCCAACCAGCGAACCCAAACCAGCCAGCGAGCCCGAACCUGCCAGCGAGCCCGAACCUGCUAGCGAGCCUGAACCUGCAAGUGAGCCUGAACCUUCCGGCGAACCUGAAGCUACAACAUCAAAACAAUCCUCCUCUGGUCACUCAGGUAAACUUCAAAUCGCAGGCAUUGCCUCCUCCACGACCGAACCUGAACCAAAGAGCGAGCCCGAGCCUACCAGCGAACCGGAACCAAGUAGUGAACCAGAACCUACCAGCGAACCGGAAGCAUCUAGCGAGCCGGAGCCAUCCAGCGAACCCAAUCCAAAGAGCGAAGUAGAAGAAAUCAAAGCCACUACCUCGAACCCUAGCAGCACGGCCGAACCCUCCGCCGAGCCUGAACCUGAACCACCAAGCGACGAUGAACACCACUCAUCAACCGUUUCCAGCCUAGGCAAGCUCCAGUCAUCCACGGAACACUCCACCCACCCAACCGAAGAACACACCAUGCCAGAUUUCAUGAUUGCUGAUCUUGACGCAACCAAACAUUCGACCAGCACUGAGCCCAUAUCCUCAACCUCUCCACACUCCACCGCUGGCGAAACACCGGCUCCGGUAACGGAAACGAUCGAAGAUGACGUUCCACAGCCCACCACCGGCGCUUAUCUGAUCGCAGCCAAAACUACUCCCGCAACUGAACCGAUGAACGUCUUCGAUGCUCGAUCGCUCGAACACAACUCUUCGACAACAGCCGUGGAAAACUCCGUCUACGCCACAUCUAGCCCAAUUUCGCUCGAACAGUGGCGAUCUUCCACCAGCUUCUCUACCACAACGGAAGCUUUGGAACAGCCGAAGGAGCACGACGAAGAUAUGUCACCAUUCCUGCCCAACAUCGAAUCGUCUAGUGCCAAGACCCGUGGAUCGUACGCCGUGACGGAAACAAUUCUUGAAACCGAAACAACACCAACUUUGCUGACUCACGUCGAUCAGUCACCGUUCUUGCCGGAAAUUGAACAAAACGCCAGCUUGGUGAAGUUUUUACACGAGGGUUUGGACCGUCAAGUUGAUGGAUUUGAUAACGACUCACAGCAGCAGUAUUUGGAAGUGUUGCCACUGUCCAAGGAAAGCGAUCGCAAUGAAUACAAGAAGCAGCUGGAUACCGUUACCAAGACGGUGUUUGUGGCAACUACUAUUCGCACUUACGCUCCAACAACUGAUUCACUGGAAGAUUUGAUCACGGCUGCCAGUUCAAGGAACAUUGUCGAACAGACAACCAACAGUGGUGGCGAGGAGGAACUGAUGGCGACCAGUACAGAAAAAGACGUAGAGGACACAACACUAGGGAAAAUGGGUGCUGUUGCAACCACGACCGAGAGGGAGAGUGCUCGGCUCGAACAAUCCACGGAACAUGUAGAAGAGAAACCGACUACCACGGCAGAGAACGAAACGACAAACUCAUCGCCGAAAGCAGAGGUCGAGGAGAUCGGUACAACCGAAAGUGAACAAGCGGAGAAGGCAACAACUGUGGUGAUGGAUGAUUCUAAAGACGAUACUCCAAAAGGCGAUGUGGAAUUGGUAGCGACUAACGAUACAGCGGAAAAGCUGACGGCAACGGAAGCUGAAGAACCGACGACGGAAAAACAUGUAAUGGAAACCACCAUGGGCGAAACAAAACUGGAAUUAGAGGAAGAACGCGUAACCGCUUCCAAAGAUGAAACCGAAGAAGUAACUGACGCUGUUAGAGAAGACACAACGGAGAAGCAAGCGAAAGCUUUGGUAGAAGCCACAAGCCACAAAGACGUCGAGGAAACUACUGUUCAUGCUGUAGUGAAUGCGUCUUCAACGACUACCGAACCAAGCGGAAACGCGAAACUCAUGGAAGAAUCAACCGUUGAAACGAAAGAACCACCAACAACGGCUUCGCCAACGACAACACCCACUGCCACAAGUGACCUAACCACGACAGUAGCCGCGACCACGACUGAAGCCACUUCGACGACUCCUGAAGCGACAACCACAACAGUUGUUGCCACUUCUACCACCGAGACGGCAACUUCACCAACGGCUCCCACAACCACCGACAGAACCAAGACGGAUUUUUUGGAGCGAACGCUACAAGAUUUGGACCAAGAUAACGACAUUUCCGAGAAUGACCUGAAAGUCCUUCCCCUGGACAGGAAACCGGACAAAUUCGAAGAAUCGCCGCCACCUCCGGAUCCGUUAGCAUCCACACAGAAGACAACCGUUGACCAGGAAUCCAACUUCGAAACGACUACCGGUCAUUUUUUAGGAGAAACGACGUUUCAUUUGAUUAGAUCAGAGCGAUCGAAUGAAACGUCGUUAAUUAAGUCGAGAAAUUCUGACGAUGACGACCUGAGCGAAUUGGUGGCCAGUGCCAGCGGUAUGUUUACCAAGUGCGCGGUCGGGCAGUUUGAGUGUGUGAACGGAACGUCGAUCAAGGAUGGUAGCUCGUGUAUUCAGAAAUCGGAACGGUGCGAUUCGGUGUCUCACUGUUCGGACAAUUCCGAUGAGCAGGAUUGCGAGCGGUUGGGAUGCCCGGGACACUUCCAGUGUAAGGACGGUUUCUGUCUGGCUAGGCAGCAUGUGUGUGAUGGAAUUACUCAUUGCAAUGAUGGAAGUGAUGAAGUUGAGUGUGAUCAGCUGCAGUGCAACUUUGAUGAAAUAUCGUGCGAUGCGAGUGGACGGAAGGGGCCGUGUUUGCCAGCGCAGUGGAAAUGCGACGGACUGGAACAAUGUGCGAAUGGGUUCGACGAAAGCGAUUGCCCGGAUACGUGUACCAAUGAUCAGUACUUCUGCGUUGGGCAGCGAAAGUGUAUUCCGGAAGCAUGGCGGUGUGAUGGAAAGUCGGACUGUACCAACGAUGAAGACGAACGACUGUGCGACUGUCCGGUGGAUAACUUCCGAUGCAAUACCGGUGGAUGCGUUCCGAGUGCAUACGUUUGCGAUGGGCAACCACAGUGUCCGGACCUGUCGGAUGAGUGGGGUUGCUUUAGUUUGGAAGAAAGUAAGUUGAAGAUCCGCGUGGAAUCAGAGAAACUAAGUCCGGUUUGUGCUGAUAAUUGGUCCAAGGAGUUAUCGGACGCCGUCUGUGAGGAGUUGGGCUAUCUACAAGCCAAGUCAUACUCGAUCUCGAACGAAACGGGUGGGGAUGCAUUUUACAGAUUUGUGGGAGUGAACAGUACCAAUCUGUUGAGAAGUUUGGCGUUAGCCACCAGCUGUUCCGAAGGCUUGGUGAACAUCGACUGCGAACUUUAUCGUUGCGGUAGUGAUAGAAUUACGCCUAUCACGGAUCAGCGGAUCGCUGGUGGACUUCACACAGACUCCAAUCAGCUUCCUAGUCUAGCCUUAGUCUACAGCAAUAACGCAGCCAUCAAGUGUACUGCUAACAUAUUAUCUCCUCGAUGGGCACUUGCAAGCUACUCCUGUAUGAUGGGUAAAACGGAGUUCAUCGACAACCGGAACAUUGCUGAAAUGAACUGGAAGUUAUUCGCUGGAACUUCCCAGUUCAACUUCACCAUGAUCAGAGGAAACAAUGCCAACAGUUCUUACCAAGUUGUUGAUGUUCAGAGGAUUGUUCCUUAUCCUCAGGCCAAAUACAAACAAUUCCUCUACACCGGAGAUGUCGUACUGCUGCGACUGACCAAGCCUCUCCAGUUCAAUGAACAGGUCGGCAGUGUCUGCCUAGCAGGUGACGCCACAAUCGAUCCGGAUCAGCUGUGUCUGACCGCUGGCUGGGGUGCAGAUCCAUCGGCCAUAACCACUACCGAACAGUACCUCAAAUAUCUACCAGUGCCAACGAUACCGGCUGAUAAAUGCAACUCCAGUGAGCACUACAACGGUUCCCUGACGGACGAUGCCAUCUGUGCGGGUUUCCUCAGCAGUAGCAAAACGACUUGCUAUAACGACGAAGGAGCUCCGCUGAUGUGCCACGUGGAACGAACCGGACAGUGGCUGCUAGAGGGUGUUCUCAGUUACCAUGGGAACUGUGGCAAGCGGCCACAUCCAGCGAUUUACAACUCGAUUACCUCAGGCAUUGCGAGCUGGAUCCAUAACACGGUUGGCAACGAUCUGAUGUUCAUGAACGGCGACGGUCUUAGAAGUGGUAGUCGAACAAACGGUACUGAGCCAAGCAGCACACAGCCAACUACUCGGUAGGCGUUCCGAGUUUGACAGUUACAUUUGGCUGCGUGCGUGCUUGUAUUUUAUGUAAAUAUUGCGUGUAAUAUAGAUCGACGAGAACCGGAUGAGAACAACAGUUUUCGUGGGAGGAACGUCUCCGGAUGGAGAUGACUUUUGAAAAAGUGUAUUUAUAGUUAGAUAGUAGCAUGUAGAAAACCGAGAGAUGCAGCGUAGCCCUGCUGCGUCUUUUCUGUUUUCAACUAAUAAAAGAACCCGUCUGAUGAAGAAGAAAAGAACCUAGUCACAAAAGCCGAUUAUUUUGUGCCAAUACCUUGAAGUGGAAAUGAGUAAUCUCUGCUUUUCAUGUAAUGAAAACCGCAUUCGGAACUAAGAAAAGUCCCGCAAUAUUAAUCAAAUACGUGUUUUCAGUUGUAAUUUGGAAUAAGUAAACGAUGACUGUUUCAAAAUUAUUCAUUGUUACCAUUAGUCAUGGGGUCCGUUCUGUACUUCGUGUAGUGCUUCCACGUAAUCAUUAUUUACAAAAUGGAUAAAUGUUUUGGUUGUAGAUUUUGUUCGUUUCAAGAAAAUAGAGAGAAACGAAUAAACCAGAUUUUUGUUUGGUCUAUUACUUUUGGAUAUGAGUUAAACAGAAGCAACACGUGAUUUAUAGAAACGGGAAUCCUUUUUCGUGGGAGAGUCCCACAUGAAGAAAUCUGUCCAACUAGACACUAAAAUCUCAUUCUUGUAUUUUAUUUACUUUAUGUUGCUUGACUUGCGUGUAAAUAUGAAUCUUAUGCAAAAUUAUUAAACACUUGGAUUGCUAAUAGCGGUAACUGUUGAAUGUAAGAGUAAGAUUCGCAAUACUUGUAAAGCAUAAUCAAAAGAAGUGCAGAAUUCGGAUACGAUUAGUUUUUAGAGAAAUAAACAAGUGUAGAUUCUUUUAAUUGCAAUUUAAUACCCUAGGAAAGUAGGAACCAAUUCCAAUUGAACAAAUCCAUUUAUUCUGUUUCUUAUCAUAGCUAUUAUCAGCACUGUGUAAUAUCUGUCUCCCGAUCAAUGUACUGUUUUGUGUUUUCUUACCCUUGUAUAUGAUUAAUACUCAAUUUACAUCACAGAAAAAAAAAAUAAAAACCGUGCAGAAGUUUACCAUUUACGGUUGAAUGAGGACCAUGCACCUAGUUUUGGUUUUGCAACGAUUGAGAAUCAGUAAAGAGCAGAUCGAUAUUUUAA